GUUUGACAGAAAAACGCUGACGUCAUUUCUAUGCGCCGCGUGUGUCUCGUUUCUGCAGAGGGUGGCGGAUCAAGCAUGGGGCACCUUGGAUGUUUGGCUCUCCUGGUCGCGCCGCUCUUUAUCCUUCAGAUAUGUGGUGAGGAAUGGUGUAAAAAAGAUGAGUUUACCUGCCGCAGCAGUAGGUGCAUAUCAACAAAGCUCUUAUGCAACGGUGUUGAUGACUGCGGUGACGGGAGCGACGAGGAUUCCUGUCAGAACUGCACCUCUGGGCUCUUCUCCUGCGGCCCAUCUGACGCCUGCCUGCUCAAAGACAAAGUGUGCGAUGGACGAGCCGACUGCACAAACAAACGGGACGAGAGCUGGGAGCUGUGUGGCUCGGACCAGCCUGCCGCUCAGACGGCGCCGACAUGUCCUCCGUCAGAGUUUCAGUGUGGCAACGGAGAAUGCAUCCGCCAUGUGUGGAGGUGUGACAACACACCUGACUGCUCUGAUGGCAGCGAUGAGGAAGAUUGCAAUCAGAACGAGUGUCUGGUCAAUAAUGGCGGCUGCUCUCAUCACUGUGUGGACCUCCCCAUGGGUUUCCUCUGCCAGUGUCCUGACAACAUGAAGCUCGUCGACGACAGUUUGUGUGAAGAGGUUGACGUGUGCCUGGAAAGAGACGUAUGUGAUCAGCUGUGCGUUCACAGCAGCCAUAGCAUCACCUGUGACUGUCACGAGGGUUACCGUCCGGGUUCAACCACAGGGGCAUGCACAGCUGGAGGAGAUGAAGCUCAGCUGGUCCUCACCACUUCUAAAGGAAUACAGUUGAUGAGCCUGUUUGGCACGGAUCAUGAGACCCUGGCCCCACAUUUACCAGGGCGGGGUCCAUUGGCAGCCGUGACGUCCAACCGCACACUGUACUGGGCCCAGCAAGGACAAAACUUUAUUUACAGGAUAUCUUUGGAUAAAGAACCCCAGGAAGCCGUGCUGGUGCAAAAAGCACAAGGUUCAGUGUCGGGCCUAGCUGUGGACUGGAUCCACCGACUUCUCUACUGGACCAGUCCAGACCAGGGUUCUCUAAACGCGGCCCUGAUGGACGGUUCACCAGAGCACCCACUUAUCACAGGACUCGACGAGCCCUCUGCUGUGGCUGUGGAGCCUCUUCAAGGGUUUGUCUUCUGGACUCAGUGUGGCAGCGCCCCGAAGAUCGAGAGGGCCAGCUUGGAUGGCCACGGACGGACCGCUCUGGUCACAUCCUCCUUAAACCAGCCUUUUGCCAUCACUCUGGACAUACCGCGGCAGCUCCUUUACUGGUUUGACCAAGGAGCCAGGAGCAUCUCCAGAGUUACCUUUGAAGGUCGCCACCGUAAAACGGUGGUAGAAUCUAAUGGUUACCUGGACCGGGUGUUUGGACUCGCUGUUUUUGAGGGGUAUUUGUAUUGGAGUGAAGAAGUGACUCGCUCAAUCUGUCGCGCAAACAAGCACAAUGGUAAAAACCUCCAGGUGCUGCUGUCUGACAUCCCCUCAGGCGGAGGAGUUGCCAUCAUUCAACCUGUGCUCCAACCAAACGGCCCAGCUGCGUGUGGACGCCCCGGGACGCUGUGCCCUCACGCCUGCCUCAUCGACCUGCAGCCUGAAAGAUUACGCUUCAGAUGCGCUUCCACAGAGACGAGGAUCAACAAACCUCAGACUCCUGAGAUCUCCGUUCCGGCAUCAACUUUUUCUGUUCUCACUUUUGCUGGAAUUCUGUCAUUGAUCAUAUUCCUCAGUGUGCUGCUGCUGGGAGUGGUUCUAUGGUUGUGCAGAAGGCUACAGCCAUCCAGGGCUUCCUCUGCACUGAGCUUCUCCCUUAAGGAUUCCCAGGACCCGCUCAUCAGUCAAGAAUCACAUUCGUGUACAAGGACGUUCCUGAUUGAGGACUUGCUGCUUAAGGUGGACCUGGACAGUGAUUGAAGAUGUGAAAGGCCCGGUCAGCUGACUACGCCGCUCCUGUUUAUUGCAGGGCGUUGAGGCGACCUCACCCAGCUGGUCAGCUAGCGCGGCCUUUCGCAGGUUUGCAUCAUUAAUGAAAUGACAUCAGGGCUUCUGGGAGUGGAGGAGGCCCAAGUGUCAUUACUGACUGUUUUCUGGCACUUCAGCUUCACUGAAGGCUGCUCCACGUGCCUUCAAAGUUGUUUAUCUUGAUCAUGAGAACAUGUUUUUCUUCAAUCCUUGGGGUCAUAAGGUUGUAUUUUUCAGUUCAACCAGCUUUGGAAUACAGGUCUUUGAUUAUUCCUAUUUGGAAAAAAACUAACUGGUAGAUAUAUUUAAUGCUUACAAUUGAAUUGACAGCUAGACGACCACUUCACUAACAGAAACUGGAAAUGAGAGAAAAGAUUUAGUAUUACUUUGAUGUAGUUUUUUUUACUAAAAAAAAAGAUGAGUUAAAAAAUUUUUUUAAUAUAAUUUACCAAUAAUUUAUUUUUUUGACAAUGUGUUUUACAGGCUUUUCUUUAGAGAUGAAUCACACAAUGCUGACUGAGCAUUGUUCUGAGCAGAACUCGGUCAGUAGUAAUGGUGGUUGACCGCUGUAAACGCUGGUUUCAAAACGGGAGCAAAUAUUUUAAAUAUGGCCAUCACUGAGAGACGAAUCUGUGAGUCUGGGCUGCUGAACACGAGCUUAAUAGAAUAUAUUUAUGUUGCUGGGUUUUAUUUAUUUUGUUGCAUCACGGUUUUGUCAGUUUCUGUGAGUGAAUGAAAUAAAGAACUAGAAGUUUGUAAA